GACGAUCAUGGCAGGCGGAAUGUGGGAGCUUCGACUAAUACACUGAAUUUCAUGGUGUGAAUUGACUUACCCUGCUUCAACCAUGGCGUGCUGUUCAGCAAGGGGAGUUGUGAUUACUUUGUGUGUGUUACAACUGGUGUCUACGGUAGAGCGCCAGGUGUUUGACUUCCUCGGGUACAUGUGGGCGCCAAUCCUGGGAAACUUCCUACAUAUCAUCUGUGUCAUCAUCGGGCUGUUUGGCUCAUUGCAGUACAGACCUAGGUUCAUAGCUGUGUAUGCUGUGUGGAAUUUACUGUGGCUGGGCUGGAAUAUAUUUGUGAUAUGUCUAUAUUUAGAAGUGGGAGUAUUAAAUAGGAAUAAGGAUAUUUACAUAUUAAACAUAGUCACGGGCAACAAAAGCUGGUGGCUGGAGAACGGUAUAGGUUGUAUUGUCACUAAUUCUACAGCGGUAGAGUCGCCUCCCUCAGCCAGUAGACCUAUACCAGCAGAGGGCGCUGUACAGGGCUGUAUUCUGGCCUAUUAUUAUGUUGAAGUCAUACAUGCAGCAGUCCAGAUAUUUUUAUCGAUAAUUGGUAUAAUAAUCUCCAGUUUAGUGAUCUACUUCAUCACAGAGGAAGACGACAGUUAUACAUUCCACAAAGACAAUACUGGCGCAGCCCCAGCCAAUGACAUGCUAGAGUACGUCAAAAUGAGGUACAAGUCCCCUGCAAGAAACAGCUUUCGUGAGCAGAAUCGCGUGCUGGGAUAUGGUGGUUAUGACACAUCACAGAGCGGGAUGGGAGACUUUGGUGGCAGUGGCGGGAUUGAUAACGUCCAGAUUCACAGCGUUGUGCCGGGAAUGACAGAGAUCCCAGAUACCCCGUCCAGCGUGGAUGAACACCCACCUAGUUAUCGUGCCUCCAUGGGCAACUACUACCACCAAGACCGGCACAGCGUUCGAAGCAAAGCCAGCAACAAAUCCAGAACCUCCAAAAAGAACACAGACUAUGGUCAUCCCCAGGAGCUGCCUUGGGUGCAGAUAACACCAUCAGAGCACGAGCAUGAACUGCCAUAUCGACAGAUCUUUCCUGUGUAACCCCUGAUAAUCUGAUUUGUUCUUCAUGGCCUUAUAUUUGUUGUCCCUCGAUCACCAUGGAUUGUGCCCUUGUUCCAUGCACAUUUAGCACAUGUUACCGUGCUCAUGGAUACAUAGCUAGCUUGAACUUGGCGGUACCAAGAAAAUGGUGUGCAGCAGUUUGACCUGGGAUCCACUGUCAGUUUUCACAACAACGCGGUGAUGUAGAGAGAGAUUCCUUGGAUUUACUCUGAACAGCAAUGUGCUCUGGUAUUUGUUUUUUAACUGUGAUCAGCUCCAUGCUGGAGUAGUCUUGUUGGUGUUUACCCAGCCGUCGCUUCUCACUCACAAGCAUGGUCUAGCAUUCAGCACUCUUGUCAGACAGGAGACAAUACUGAGGGCUGUGCAUCUGCUUCCUGUCUGACUGGGUGUGCGUGAACUAAACAUUCCAAACCACAAACCAUGGAAAAACUCCCAGGCGUAAGUGAAAAAAGGCCUCAAACACGAUUUAGUCUUUCAGCAGGUGACUUCUGUGUAAAGAGAAAGUAACUGUGGAAUGGCCCAGUAUUGAAACUGUAUGUGCUUUGUGAUGCAGAAGUAAAAGGUGUUGCACAAGAACAAAAACUUGCCUGGUGAAAACCGAGUGGCUGGUUUGUUACUUGUACAGUGACUGCACUUGUACAGCGAUCUUUUUAUUCCCAUUGUGCAAAAGCUGUGAGGAACACUUUGUACGCAUUCAUUCCCUCAUCGUCCAUGACUCCAUUGAAUCAAUUUGUACUUUUGUCCUUAUGUUU